UGUGAGGAGCCAGUCAGUCCCGUGGCGGAGAGUGAUGAAGAAGCUUGAUGUGAGGGGCUGAUCGGCGGACAGCGGACAGCCAACGGGAGGAGCUGUGAGCCGUGAGUGCUUUGCUUUAUCUACUGUACGGCAACAAGAUUAAACUAUUACAAAAAGAAGAUGCUGACACACUAAUCCUCUUCUUAGAGAGAAUGAUGCUCAUAGUACAUUGAGUACAUUCCAGAUGGCACCGUGUGAGAUCUCUAGAAGAUGGGAAAGAGUAUUGUACGGCUCGUGGAACAGCUUUCUGCUAGGAAAUUAGCCCUGGGGGCUCACACUGCAAUAGUCGCUCUUGACACAUGCUUCUGUGGUUUGCAAAGUCAUGCCGUUGGUCAAGAGGAAUAUAGAACCCAGGCAUCUUUGCCGUGGAACGUUGCCUGAUGGGAUCACUAGUGAACUGGAAUGUGUAACUAACAGUACAUUGGCUGCGAUCAUCCGACAGCUGAGUAGCCUAAGCAAGCACGCAGAAGACAUAUUUGGCGAGUUGUUUAAUGAGGCGAACAAUUUCUACAUCAGAACAGAUUCUCUUCAAGACCGAAUUGAUCGGCUCGCUGUUAAAGUCACCCAGCUGGAUUCAACAGUGGAAGAGGUGUCUCUGCAAGAUAUUAACAUGCGGAAAGCAUUUAAGAGUUCGACCACGCAGGACCAGCAGGUUGUCUCAAAGAACAGCAUUCCAAGGCCGGUCAGAGAUAUAUAUAAGACGUGCGACAGACCUCCUCCUCUCGAUAUACUUUCAAAAUACAGAGACGACAAAAAGGACAGUUUGAAGUUCUACACUGAUCCGUCUUACUUCUUUGACCUUUGGAAAGAGAAAAUGCUCCAGGACACUGAAGAUAAAAGGAAAGAGAAAAGAAGACAGAAGGAACAGAAGCAAGUGGAUGGCACGACUCGGGAAGUAAAAAAGGUUAGGAAAGCCAGAAACCGGCGCCAAGAGUGGAACAUAAUGGCGUACGAUAAAGAGCUUCGACCCGACAACAGGUUGUCUCCGAAUGUGUUCCAAGCAGCAUCUUCCGAGGGAUCUCUGUCCCCUGAUACUAGGUCUCAUAUAUCAGAUGUUACAGAAUACUCCUAUCCUGCAACUCCCAACCACUCCAUCCAUCACCCCAUGACACCGACCUAUGUGGGAUCAGUAGAGCCUCAGCAUCACAUGGGCAGUAGCCAAGCCAAUGAUCAUGACUAUAGAUCUGCCUCUGGGACUCUGAGACAUGGCACCUUAAAUAGACCUCAGCAGCCUCCUCCACCCCCACCAGCAGCCGUGGAUGGGACAAGCCCAGUCCCCAUUGUAUCGGCUAAUGGCAGGCGGGUGCUUCCUCCUCAGAUGAUGGAGUAUUACCCCACAGGAUCACCUCCGCCACCACCACCAUUAAUUCCUUCUGCUCAAACGGCUUUUGUUAGCCCCCUGCAUCACACCCUGCCUUCAUCUCCAGCAGCACAGAUUUCUGGAUCUGCAUAUGCCCCCUCUCCACCUCCUGGUGGCAUAAUCACUUCAGCAUCUCCUGGACCUCCUCCACCACCACCACCGCCGGGUCCUCCAGCAUUUGCCCAGUCUCUCACAUCAUCUCCAAUGCAUUUUGCCAGAGUUUUAGAAGCUAAAAGACUCGACGGUGCGCAGUUACUUGGACUGACCAGCGAUGCUCGCAGUGAUCUUCUUUCUGCUAUUCGGAUGGGCAUUCAGUUAAAGAAAGUGCAAGAGCAGCGAGAGCAAGAAGCCAAGCGGGAGACCGUUGGAAAUGACGUUGCCACCAUCCUAUCCAGACGCAUUGCGGUGGAGUACAGCGAUUCUGAGGAUGAGUCGGAACUUGAUGAAAACGACUGGUCUGACUGAGAAUCAGAAAGCGUUUCAUUACAGAGGGGGUUGUUUUCUGUAUGGGAUAAGUCUGGAACAUGCGUUUGUCACCACUUUCAGCUCUUUCUCUUAUGUUUCCUGAAGUGCGGCACAAUAGGAUCUCAGGGAUACAGAUAAGAACACACAUUUCCACUAGAUGAAACUACCCUGUAGCCCAUGCAAUUUAGACUUUAAUAUAAGAGUUAGUAUUAUUUUGCUUUUUAUACCCCCAGAAUUGGAUCGUGUGUGUCUAGAGCCUCUGGGCAGUACCACAGGUACAAUAGAUGAGCUGCUCUGUGGAUAGAUACAGUAUAUUACAUUGUAACAAAUGUAUUAGGGGGGAAUUCACAAAAGUGUCGGGAACGAAAAAAUGACGUAGAAAGUGUCGUAGUAACAGCCGAUAAAUUCACACAGCAUUUACCCGUCAAUUUUCCGGCGUGUACGUCACUUUUGAAAUAGUGUCUUUAAAAGUGCCCGUGGGUUUUUUUCUGCGCCACUUUUCCCGACAUUCUUAUGAAUUGCUCGUAAACUCAUUUGUUUUGCUGACAAUUUUUCCGACAAAUUAGGCUCUCCAAAAUGAAAAUGUCGGUCCAAUUGUCUUUUGAAAACACUAGGUAAAAUGUUGUC